UAUUCAACAACAUGGCAAAACCUCUGACACAAAGCCUCACUUGACCGUGGACUCGGCUGAACCGUGAGGGCAACCCAGCGGACCUGGUGAGACCGACUGCUCCGGGUUCAGAUUUCCUCAUUUCAGUUGCGUGACAUCAUCACCUGGAGACCCGAGCGGUGGGACGUCAGGACUCGACGAGCGCAAACUUAGAUAGCAGCGAGAGAAACCACAUCACAGUCCGCCAUGGCAACCACGGGAAUGCAGCUGCUGGGCCUCAUCAUGUCCAUCCUGGGCUGGGUGGCCGGGGCGGUGGUGGUCGCCGUGCCGCUGUGGCGAGUCACCGCCUUCAUCGGCAACAACAUUGUGACGGCGCAGAUCAUCUGGGAAGGCCUGUGGAUGAAUUGCAUCGUGCAGAGUACGGGUCAGAUCCAGUGUAAAGUCUACGACAGCUUGCUGGCGCUGCCCAGCGACAUGCAGGCCGCCCGGGGGCUCACCGUGCUCUCCAUCCUGCUGUGUGGCGUGGCGCUGGCUCUGGGGGUCCUCGGGGUGAAGUGCACCAAAUGCAUCGGCAUUAAUAGUCUCAAGGCCCGCAUCGCCCGUAUUUCCGGCAUCCUUUUCGCCAUUGCCGGGUUCCUCUUCCUGGUGCCCGUCUGCUGGACGGCCCAUUCCAUCAUCAGGGAUUUCUAUGACCCGCACGUGGCCGCCCCGCACAAGCGCGAGCUGGGCCCGGGACUCUACAUCGGCUGGGGGGCCUCGGGGCUCUUACUGAUCGGGGGGUCCCUGCUCUACGCAGGCUCGAGUCCACCCGGGAUGCCGGGUUCUCCCACCUUCAGCAGCGGGGAGAGUAGUCCUCGCAGGGCACCGGCCUCACAGGUCAAAGGUUACGUCUAACCUCCCAAAGCAAGAUUCCCCCCAACAAGCCUGAAUUUCUCUGCUCUUGAUUUGAAGUCAAUUAUUUCAUAUUUAAUGUUGUUCUCAGGCAUAGAUAACCUAUUUCUUCUCUGUUUGUUGUUGUCGAAUACAAUAAAACA